AACCCCAAAAACCUCAUAGAAAAAGAGAUCAGAUUUGUGGUUACCAGAGACAGGACGGGGUGUGGGGGAAUUGGAUGAAGGUGGUCAAAAGGUACAAACUUUCAGCUGAAAUAUAAAUAAACCCUGGGGAUGUCAUGUACAACAUGGCGACUAGUGUUAGCACUGCUGGGUGGUACAUUUGUACUCGAGUACUAGAUCCUAAGAGUUCUCAGGACAAGAAAAAAAAUCUUUUUUUUUUUUUGCCUUUUUUGUAUAUAACCUGAUGGGUGUUAUCUAAACUUAAGGUAAUCAUGUCACAAUAUAUGUAACACAUUAUGUAACCCAACACAUUAUGCUGUACACCUUAAACUUCUGUAGUGCUGUAUGUCCAUUAUAUCUCAAUAAAAUGGGGAGGGGGUGGGGAAACAUGCUGAAGUAUGAUGUAUGCAUCUUUCAAAUGGUUUGGUAAAAAAAAAGUAUGUGACUAGAGAGAUAAAGCACAAUGUUAACACUUGUGAAACCUAGGUGGUUUCCGUAGGAGCAUUUUACUGUUAUUUUAACUUUUCUGUUUGAAAAUUUUCUUAAGUCAGGCACACGGAAGACGCAACUCGUCCAUUUCACUCCAUGCUUAGGAUGGAACUGCAUGUGUGGGUACCAGUUACGAUUAGGUUUGGCUGUGAGUAAAAAAGCCCCCCAAAUAAUAGCAGCUUAAACAAGAUGGAAACUUGUUUCUCUUAUGUGAAAAUUCACAGGUAGGUGGUUAGGUAGGGAGGUGGCUUUGCAGCACGUGGUCCUCAGGACCGAGGCACCUUCCAUCUUAUUGCUCCCCGAUAGGUGACUUUUCUUCUCUCAUGGCCCAAGACAGCUGCUCCCACUCCUACCAUUGCAUCCACAUUCCAGCAGGCAGAAGAAGAAGAGUCUCGAACCUGUCCCAGUAUUUCAACCCAGCCUCGGUGGCCAGCAGCCCGACCCGCGCCCUGCUGCUGGUGGGUGUGGUCCUCCUGGCCUACUGGUUCUUGUCUCUGACCUUGGGCUUCACCUUCAGCAUCCUGCACGUGGCGUUCGGCCGCUUCUUCUGGGUGUUUCGGGUCAUCCUGUUUUCCAUGUCCUGCGUGUACAUCCUGCACAAGUACGAGGGGGAGCCGGAGAAUGCCAUCCUGCCGCUGUGCUUCGUGGUGGCCAUCUACUUCAUGACUGGGCCCAUGGGCUUUUACUGGCGUGGCAUCCCCAACAGCCCCAGCGUGGAGGAGAAGCUGGAACAUCUGGAGAACCAGGUCCGACUGCUGAGCAUCCGCCUGAACCGAGUGCUGGAAAGUCUCGACCGUGCCAACAGCAAGUGACAAUCAGCCAGCCGGCCGGGUCCCCUCACACCAGCGCCCUCUCUCAGAAAACAGAAAAGAAAAAAGAAAAAAAGAACACCAAACCCCAAACAAUCUUAAUAAACAUUUCCGAGCAAGAGAGCGGCGCUUGGUGAGGGUAUUUCCGGCCACAGGCAAACUCCUUAGGACGCGUUCCAAGAGGAACGGUGAGAUCAUUGACGUAGAACUACCUACGAAGUGUCAUUAGUGGAAGAAAUAUUUUUUAAACAAAGGAUAUAACCAUAUUAGCUGUACAGUCAGAGAAGUUUAUCUGCAUAGAGCAUAAAGUUAAUUUUUUCAAGCAUUUAAAUACAUCUUUUGUAAGGUUUUUUAAUAAAGGCAGAUCCGAGUCAAGUUUAUUAAAACUUUA